AUGUCCAGCCUCAAGCCCCUUAUCCUCCACGCCCACGCAACAGGCCCUAACCCCAUCAAAGUUGCCAUUGUCCUCGAACUCCUGUCCCUGCUCUAUGAAGUCAAAAUGUGGGACUUCGGCGACGAUCCCAACAAGGGCGUCAAAGGCGCUGCCUUCCUCAAGAUCAAUGAAAACGGCCGUGUUCCCGCGCUCGAGGACCCCAACACGGGCGUUGUCAGCUGGGAGAGUGGCGCUUGUGUUAAUUAUUUGAGGAGGCAGUAUGACGGGAAUGGCAAGAAACUAGGACCUCAUGCGAAGGAUGGAGGAGCGCCGGAUCUGCAGGAUGUAGUGGAUUAUGAGAAGUGGGAGUACUUUUUGCUUACGACGCUGGGGCCGAUGACGGGGCAGACGAAUUGGUACCGUCACUACAACCCCACCAAGAACGAGGACGCACUGAACCGCUACGUCGAGCAGACAGACCGGUGUUACUCGAUUCUCGAAGGCCAGCUGAAGAAGACCGGCGGUGAGAGCAUCUUGCCUGGCGGUGUAACGGCUGUUGAUGCGCACUAUGAGCCAUGGGUUAGGCAGCAUGCGUUUGCGCAGGUGCCAAUUGAUGGGUAUCCGAAUUUGAAGAAGUGGUUGGAGAAGACGAAGGGAUUACAUGAGGUUAAGAAGGCGUAUGAGAAGAUUCAGCAGGCUGCAAAGUAA